GCCGGGAAGUGUGGCGGAAGUGUCGCGAGCCGGGCGGGACGCGCUAGGUGGCGCGUAGGUUUGGUGACUGUCGCGCUGGCUCUGUCGGCCUGGCUCUUCGUGCCGGUCCUUUCCGUGGCCUCGGUCGCGUCUUUGUCAGGUCCCCUCACCCCCUGGCCCCGGCCCAUCCUCCUCGGAGCCUCCCUCCCCACCCCACGUCCAAGGAGCAUCUUCCUUUGUCCCCCCCUCCACCUCCCUGGUCCCGGACCUCCUCAGGCCCUCCUCCUGCUCCCCGCGGCGCGUUUUCCUCAGGCCACCCCCCCCCACCCCCGUCUCUCGGCGCGUCCUCAGAGACCCCCACCAACCCUCCACUCGCGCUCCGUCUUCCUCGGGCCACCCCCUUCCCCGGGCCCCACGCUAGGAUGGGGGACAACACCAGCCCCAUCAGCGUGAUUCUGGUGAGCUCGGGGAGCAGGGGCAAUAAACUGCUGUUCAGGUACCCCUUCCAGAGAAGCCAGGAGCACCCGGCGUCCCAGACAAGUAAGCCUCGUAGCAGAUAUGCCGUCAACAACACUGCAGACCAGGCCGAGGAUCUGGAUGGAGACUCCAGGUUUUCAGAUGUCAUUCUGGCAACAAUUUUGGCAACCAAGUCUGAAAUGUGUGGCCAAAAAUUCGAACUGAAGAUCGAUAAUGUGCGCUUCGUUGGUCACCCGACUCUCCUGCAGCAUGCCCUGGGGCAGGCCUCCAAAAUAGACCCGUCUCCGAAGAGGGAUGCUCCCACGAUGAUUCUUUUUAACGUGGUAUUUGCGCUGAGGGCCAACGCCGACCCGUCGGUGAUCAGCUGCCUGCACACCCUUUCCCGUCGCAUCGCCACCGUGCUGCAGCACGAGGAGCGCCGCUGCCAGUACCUGACGCGGGAGGCGAAGCUGAUCCUCGCGUUGCAGGACGAGGUGUCUGCGGUGGCGGAUGCAAACGACGGCCCCCAGUCUCCUUUCCAUCACAUACUGCCCAAGUGCAAGUUGGCCAGGGACCUCAAGGAAGCUUACGACAGCUUGUGCACGUCUGGCGUUGUACGGCUGCACAUCAACAGCUGGCUGGAGGUGAGCUUCUGCCUGCCACACAAGAUCCACUACGCCGCUGCCAGCCUCAUCCCCCCCGAGGCCAUCGAGCGCAGCCUGAAGGCCAUCCGCCCAUACCAUGCCCUGCUGCUCCUCAGUGACGAGAAGUCCCUGCUGGCCGAGCUCCCGCUGGACUGUUCCCCCGCCCUGGUGCGCGUGAUCAAGACCACGUCCGCCGUGAAGAACCUGCAGCAGCUGGCCCAGGACGCAGACCUGGCAUUGCUGCAGGUGUUCCAGCUUGCGGCUCACCUGGUGUACUGGGGCAAAGCCAUCAUCAUCUACCCUCUGUGUGAGAACAACGUCUACAUGCUGUCUCCCAAUGCCAGCGUGUGUCUGUACUCUGCGCUGGCCGAGCAGUUCUCCCACCAGUUCCCGUCUCACGACCUGCCGUCUGUCCUGGCUAAGUUCUCCUUGCCCAUCUCCUUGUCAGAAUUCAGGAAUCCGCUCGCUCCCCCUGUGCAGGAGACCCAGCUCAUCCAGAUGGUGGUGUGGAUGCUGCAGCACAGGCUCCUUGUCCAACUGCACACCUACGCUUGCCUGAUGGCCUCCCCCAGCGAGGACGAGCAGCCCCGCCCACGAGAGGACGAGGUCCCCUUCACUGCCAGGGUCGGCGGCCGCAGCCUGAGCACGCCCAAUGCCCUCAGCUUCGGCUCUCCAACCAGCAGUGACGACAUGACGCUCACCAGCCCCAGCAUGGACAACUCCAGCGCAGAGCUGCUCCCCAGUGGGGACUCCCCGCUGAACAAGAGGAUGACAGAGAACCUGCUGGCCAGCCUGUCGGAGCACGAGCGGGCAGCCAUCCUUAGCGUGCCCGCGGCCCAGAACCCUGAGGAUCUCCGCAUGUUUGCGAGGCUCCUGCACUACUUCCGAGGCCGCCACCACCUGGAGGAGAUCAUGUACAACGAGAACACCCGGCGCUCGCAGCUGCUCAUGCUCUUCGACAAGUUCCGCAGCGUCCUGGUGGUGACCACCCAUGAGGACCCCGUCAUCGCCGUCUUCCAGGCGCUGCUCCCCUGAGCCCGGGCGGGGGGUGGGCACCCGCGUCUUCCCACCAGGGCUCCGUCCCUC